AUGGCUCCCAGUAACAACAAAGCCUUGGAUAACCUUGAAAAAGCCAAGGCUAUUUUGCCAUUUGGCUUUCCUGGCCCAGUCAAUGAUCUUAUAUACCGAAGUGCCUAUGUCACUUCAUACAAUCGUCGUGACCGUAAUCCCAACUGGGUCGCUGAACAUUUAACUGUAGACAGCUUAAAGCGUGGUGAUGAUGUGGAUCGCCAAAAGUCUAACUUCAAAGAAGACGACGGUGUUCCUCCUCAAUUCCGAGCUAAACUCGCUGAUUAUUUCCGAAGUGGAUUCGAUAGAGGACAUAUGGUUCCAGCUGCUGAUGUCAAGAACAGUCAAGUAUCUAUGGACGAAACAUUUUAUUUAACAAAUAUAGCACCUCAAGUAGGAGAAGGAUUCAACAGAGACUAUUGGGCCUAUCUUGAAAACUUUUGUAGAACCUUGACCCAAAAGUUCUCUGAUGUCUAUGUCUUUACUGGGCCUUUAUAUUUGCCUCAUCAGGAAGCCGACGGAAAAUUCUAUGUCAAAUAUCAAGUGAUUGGCAAUCCUCCCAAUGUGGCUGUUCCUACACACUUUUAUAAGGUCAUCAUGACCCACAAGAACGGUCGAUACAGUGUCGGCGCUUUCGUGUUACCCAACGCACCUAUUCCAGACAACACGCCAUUGGAAGCUUUCAAGGUGCCUUUGGACGCAGUUGAGCGAGGCGCUGGUCUUGUGUUCUUUGAGAGAAUGGGAGAUAGUAAAUACGCAUUACCUGACCUUUGCAAGGAAACAGAAUGCAAAUUAGUCGUUAGAAAGUUCAAUGAUGCUCAAAAGAAGGCCUUACCCUCUCACUAA